AACAGUCUAUCACUACGGAUCCUCAGCAACUACACUCAAUAUGGUUUCGGGCGGUGCCAAGGAAUGGGCUUAUAAUGAGCUGGACAUUAAACUCACAUACACUAUAGAGUUUCGGGAUACUGGACGUUAUGGAUUGGUCCUGCCACCCGCCUUUAUACUACCCAAUUGCGAGGAGGCACUGACUGGUCUCGUGGCUCUGAUGGCCGAGUGUAAAAAGUUGGGUUAUCUAAAACCUAAAUUUAAGCUGUAAAUGCCUGGAAAGUAAACUAGCAAUAAAUUAAUUAAGAUUAUUUCAAGAUAAACCCCAACUGCACUUAGUAUAUCAAAGUAUAUCAAGUGCUAGACUUGACCACAAUAUUGA